ACCACCGCUGCCGCCAUGCUGCGCCUGGGUCUGAGGGGAAGAGGCGGGAAGGCGGCGGGUUCUGCUUCCGGGCCGGCAUUUUCCCUGCGUCCGAGGCGGGAAAUGGCUGCCGGCCCAGCGUCGCCGUUGUUGCCGCCGCCGCCUCCGCAGGAGGCGGGCGCGGGGCAGCCGCCUCCCAGCCCGGCCGCCGCCGUCUGGCGGGACCCGCGAGUGCGGUGCUGCUCCCGGCGCGGCCUGGGCGAGGUGAUGGCGCUCUGCGCCCCCUUCGUGCGGGCCCUGGCCCAGGGGCAGCCGGGCGGGUCCGCCGCCGCGGGAGACGCGCUAUGGAACUUUGAAACAGCGGUGCGGGAGAAUGUUACGAUUAACGGGCAGCCCUGGGAGGAGACUUCGGAGGACUGCAAGCUGCAGAGCGGUUCCAGCAUCAAAAUUCUUGAAGAUCAAUUUGAUGAACUAAUAGUAGAGACAACAACAAAACGUAAACAGUGGCCUAAAAAAAUACUGAUGCAUGCUAUCCAAACCAUGAAAGCAGAGCAAGAGAUGCUGAAGCUCUACCAGCCUUUUGUAACACCAGAAGAGAUAAGAUUGCAGCCUUCUCAAGAUGCUUACAUCACAGAUUUGAAGCAGGUGACAGAAAUGGCAUCCAAAGAGAUCGGUGCGGCAAUGAAGUCUCUCCCAGCGCUAAUAGAAAGAGCAGAAGGUUUUUCCCAAGCGUUAACUUGGCAACCAACCUUGGAACUCAGCAAGCUGCGGCAAGAAGUCUUUGCUGGUUGCAAGGCGAAGGAGGAGAAGAAUGUCCAAAAUCUCAUAUCACCAGGAGAAGUCACACCAACAGAUGCUGAUACCAGGAAAAAUCCUUGUGUUUUGCUAAAAAGAAAAAAAGCUGCAGAUUCACCAACAAGAAGACGCUACCCGCUUCGACGCAGGAAAAUUGCUCUCAGUGCAUGAAUUUCUCAUUUGGUAUUUUCAGAUUGGAAACUCAGUUGUACUCUUGUUCAGUGCGCUCAGUCUUUUUUUCUUAAACCUUUGUCUCCUUCUAAUUUUAGUGCUAUACAUGGGAGCUUCCUUAAUUAUCUUGUCUUUGCUCUUUUUAAAUAUUUCCGUUUUUACUGUCAUACCGAUGGUAUAUGAAAGCCUGUGCGUACCAGUAACAUCUGAUAUCCAACAAGUACAUUUGCUGAUUAACACUCAUUUUUUUGCUCUUUUAUUACAGCAUUUAGCUUGAGUCGUCAUGCUUCUCAGAGUUGUGCACAUGCUUUAUGUACAUGGGCAGUCUUUUAGUAAACCACUAAAUGCUCGUUUACAUUAAGCAUGCACCUUCAUUUAUUACUGAGGUGGGUGGGUAUUUUUUUAUAAAUAAAUGAAAAAGAAAUUCACACUGGAGCGUAUUGAAAACACCAAAUUUGAUAUGAUGUUACAGUUUUUAGAAAAUCCAUGCGCAAAUGUGACACUGGUCCCUGCUAUUCCACCUUUCCUGCAUUUAGGUCAGCUGGACUUAUUUAUGGUCCUGUUUGUUUAAACUUGGAUUUUUAGUAAUUGUAUAUAUUUACUUGCAGUGUGCCCUUCUGGACAAGGAUUUGACCAUGCACAUCUUACCAUCUGGUAUUUCGUUUCAUGUAAUGCAAUUAUGCUGUCUGGGGUUUUCCGGGACAAUAUUUCUGCAAAUUACAGGAUUUUGACUUGGGUCAUGUACGCAUUUGUGAUGUUUCCCUGAGCUUUAAAGAUCAUUAUAGGCUACCAAUAAAUGGUAUUAAGUUGA